AUGUCAUGUCAUCGCUGCCGUGACCAUGUCAUCGCUGCCGUGACCAUCAACUUGGUCAACACGUUGGUCACCACUUUGGGCAGCAUCUUGGUCAACACUUUGGGCAGCAUCUUGGUCAACACGUUGGUCAGCACUUUGGUCAUGGCAUUGGUCAACACAUUGGACAGAAUCUUGAUCAGCAUCUUGGUCAGCACAUUGGUCAACACGUUAGUCAACACUUUGGUCACCACUUUGGUCAUGGCAUUGGUCAGCACUUUGGUCAUCACGUUGGUCAUGGCAUUGAUCAACACCUUGGUCAGCACUUUGGUCACCACGUUGGUCAGGUGCUUGGUCACCACUUUGGUCAUGGCAUUGGUCAGCACAUUGGUCACCACUUUGGUCAGCACUUUGGUCAUGGCAUUGUUCACCACUUUGGUCAACACGUUGGUCAUGGCAUUGGUCAGCACAUUGGUCAACACUUUGGGCAGCAUCUUGGUCAACACCUUGGUCAGCACAUUGGUCAGCACGUUGGUCAGCACAUUGGUCAUCACGUUGGUCAUGGCAUUGGUCAGCACAUUGGUCACCACUUUGGGCAGCAUCUUGGUCAACACCUUGGUCAGCACUUUGGUCAUGGCAUUGUUCACCACUUUGGUCAACACGUUGGUCAGCACCUUGGUCAACACGUUGGUCAGCACAUUGGUCAUGGCAUUGGUCAGCUACUAG